UUCAUUAUCUAUCUCAAUCUUUUAGUACAAUACAUAGCAAACUAUACGUGAUAAUAUAUACCGUUUUCUCAAUAUGAUGACUCGUGGUUAUGUUUUCAACUUCUUUGUCCUAGCUUUAUGUACUCUCAUGGCUAUUUCCAGAGCAAACCUGGACCCAACUCAAAUGACUACAGCCCUUCUAAUACGUGUUGACCAGUCUGGAAAGGGAGACUACAAAAAAAUACAAGACGCCAUUAAUGCUGUGCCAUCCAAUAACUCGGAGCUUGUAUUUAUAUGGGUCAAGCCAGGAAUUUACAAAGAACAGAUUGUUGUGCCCGUGGACAAGCCCUUCAUAACACUAAGUGGCACAAACACAACUGGGACUAUAAUAACAUGGAACGACAGUGGGGACAUAUUUCAGUCUCCAACAUUUACUGUCUUGGCCUCUGAUUUUGUUGGGCGAUACCUCACAAUCCAGAAUACAUUUGGGGCAGGAAAUAAAGCUGUUGCACUGAGAGUCUCGGGAGAUAGGGCAGCAUUCUAUAAUUGCAGAAUACUGUCCCAUCAAGAUACCCUACUUGAUGAUACCGGAAGGCACUACUACAAAAAUUGUUACAUAGAAGGAGAUACUGAUUUUAUUUGUGGAGAUGCUGCUUCUCUCUUUGAGAAAUGCCAUUUGCACUCACUCUCGGAAGGAGUUGGAGCUAUCACAGCCCAACGUAGAGAGUCACCUGCGGAGAACACUGGGUUCACCUUCUUGGGUUGCAAGAUCACUGGCGUGAAAACUGCCCUUCUUGGAAGGCCAUGGGGUGCCUAUUCUAGGGUAGUCUUUGCUUUUACUUACAUGUCAAAUGUCAUACUGCCCCAAGGUUGGGAUGACUGGGGUGACUCAUCCAAACAAAGUACGUCUUACUAUGGGCAAUACAAAUGUUCUGGACCUGGAGCCAUUACAUCAAGAAGGGUCCAAUGGUCACACAACCUCACAAUUCAAGAAGCAGCACCCUUCUUGACUAUGGACUUGAUUAGUGGCAAAAGUUGGAUUAGGCCAGCACCAACCAGUUUCAAGAAAGCACCUGCUUCCAUUUCUAAGAAUAGUGAUACUGGAAAUUAAUA